GAAGGUCGAGAAUGUGUCAACUGUGGUGCUCUAUCGACACCGUUAUGGAGACGAGACGGUACAGGACAUUAUCUCUGCAAUGCUUGUGGUCUCUAUCACAAAAUGAAUAGCGUUAAUGGAGCAAUUUUGAAACCUCAACGACGAUUGUCUGCCUCAAGAAGGAUUGGAUUAUCAUGUUCCAACUGUCACACUAGCACUACUACCUUAUGGAGAAGAAACAACGAAGGUGAACCAGUCUGUAAUGCCUGUGGUCUUUAUUAUAAAUUACAUGGGAUAAAUCGCCCAUUGGCAAUGAAAAAAGAUGGAAUACAGACCAGAAAACGAAAACCUAAA